AUUUUAAUGCAAAUAAACAACUUUAUAUCAGUUUUUAAUGGGUCAAGAGUAUUCCAUUGCAUGUACCAAUCAUAAUUUUCUUAACUAGUGUCCUAGUGAUGGACACUUGUUUCUAGAAGCAUUAUUUUUAAAAAAGGUGGCAAAUAGUAUCCUUAUGAAUCUCUUAUUUUCCUUAGGGCAUAUGCCUCGGAAAUGAGACAGCUGUGGGGCAAAGGCUAAUGCAUAUGUUACAUUUUGGUAAAUAGGGUUGUACCAAUUUCACCUUCACACCAAAAAUGCCUGACAGUACUUGUAUCCCACACCCCUAUCAACAAUGAUAGACAAAAAACAACCGUUUGGAAGUGGGACAACUUUCCGUUUGUUAAUUGAAUAUUUUUUUCUUGGCUUUUUGUAUUUUUAAUAGAUGGGGUUUCACCAUGUUGGCCAGGGUCGUCUCGAACUCCUGACCUCAGGUGAUCCACCUGCCUUGGCCUCCCAGCGUGCUGGGAUUACAGGCGAGAGUCACCGCCAUUUCCCAAAUGAUCUUUUUCCUACUGACCUAUAAUUUGUAAUGUACAGUUUACUGGCUACCACAGAGAUUUCUGGAGUUGUCUGGCUCCAGCGUUUAAAACUAAUGGUUUUGGGCAAUUCUGUAAAAUGGAGAUAACAAUUGCACCUACCUUACAGAAAUGUGAGAGUUAAAUAAGAUAACCUGAAAAAGUACCCCAGUACUUGACACACAAAUGCUCAGCAAAUGUGAGCUACUGUUAUUAUACUAAACACUCACACAUACACGGGAAUUUCUGGAUUCUGUAUUCUAUCUCCCAAGUCUCAUCUAUGUAAUCAAUCCAGCAACAUUCCAUUACCAACUGGCUGUCCUUUUUUUCCCUCCUCUUCUCUAAAGAGAAACGGUCCUUUCUAAUGGCCCGUUUUUCCUCAUUUCAACAACAAAAUCACCUCUCAGUUGCCUACUAAUAACUAGAGCCUGAAAAUCAUAAUCUUGGGGGUAAAAAUAAGCUGUACUUCACAAAGCAGUGAGAAUCAAAGCCCAACCAAGGCACUGAACAAACGCUGGGGAUGGGAAGGUGUCUGUUUCUUCCAACACGUAUUUUGAAGGGCUGACCGCCUACUUUGUUUCAGCCUUUGGAUGAUCAUGGAAGUUCUCAGAAGCUAGCACCUCCUCUUCCAACUAUUGUUUACAGCCUUAAGACAAGUAGUUCCCCAUGUGACCCCAGGUAGGCCCUGAACUUGGGAUAACCAGGACAGGAGACUUAGAGCAGGAGGUGCGGGGGGCGAGGAGGGCUCUCUUCCGGGCGAUUGGUCCUAACCUAAGGUUCCCUCAUGGCAAGCUGAGCCGACUCCCCACUCGGGGGCUGAUGCCCAAGGCAGACGCGGCAGGCAGGCGGCUUCGGGAGCGCAUAUCCGCACACAUGGGGACGAUGGCAGGCGGGCGAAGGGAGAGAGGUGGCGGCAGGAUUACCAUCUGAGGCUCUCAGAUGGUGUGGGGAAGAGGGAAGGAGAGGCGCGAAAAGGAGGAAAACCCCUGGAGACGCUGUGUCGGGCGGAGGCUAAGGAGACCGCCUUCGCGCUCCAACGACGCGCGUCACUCAGACUCCAGGGCAAGUGCCCCGGGCUAGUGUUUCCGUUCCCUGGGGCUCUGGGGAUCCCUGAGUCCAUCCCAGGGCCCUCCAGGAACGCCCUCGGGAGCGCAGCCGGCCCGGCCGCUGCCGCUGCCACUGCCACCCGUGGGCUCUCCCGCCUCGGUUCGUUUAUCUCCUCCCUCCAACGGCUCCGGCAGCAACCGGCGUCCGUGGCGUGGGUGACGUCGGCGUGGGGGGUGGGACUUCCUGCUUCGCUCGCCGCUGGGCCAAGGGACAGAGCCCGCUCCUCCAGGCUGGAGGGGCGGUGCGAUGAGGCGGCUUCUGGGCCAGACGUCAGCACGGAGGGUGGCGCCGCACCCCUGAGGAUCCCGGUCCACGCGGAGGAGUGGGGCUUUCCCUCGCCGCCGCCGCCCUCAUACCUCUCCCGGGAUACUUCACAUAUCCCUAGGGACGGGAGCCCGAGGGGUCCGCUCGGCCCUCUUCCUCUUCAGCUUGUGCCGCGAGCUGAAGAGCGUGGCGGGCUGAGCCGACACCCCGCUGUAGGACCGUAACCCUUAGUCCCAAUGCCUCCGUAAGCGGAGUUGAGUGGGUGCCGGUGAUUGGAGCUGUGGAGUUGGCCCCGGUGGCGAGCGCGGCCAGAACUGCGGUCUCUUAAGUUUUCCGUGUGCGGGUUGCAAGGAGCAUGCGUGCGUCUGGUAUAAUUUGGCCUCCUGAGAUUCUGCAUUAGUAAGAAAGGAGUGGGAAAUACCCUUGGAAAGAAAACUAAAGCAGUAAGAAAGCCAAAACUUAUUUUUACAUGGUUGUCAGCACAUUUACCGAUAUGGACACUUUUCCCAACAAUUUUCCUCCUGGUGGUGACAGUGGAUUGACAGGUUCUCAGUCGGAGUUCCAGAAAAUGUUGAUUGAUGAAAGGUUACGAUGUGAGCAUCAUAAAGCUAAUUAUCAGACUCUGAAGGCUGAACACACAAGGUUGCAGAAUGAAUAUGUACAGUUACAAAAUGAACUCAAGCACCUGUUUAAUGAAAAGCAAACUCAGCAGGGAAAACUUCAGCUCCUGCUUGAAGAACUAAGAGGAGAAUUAGUAGAGAAAACUAAAGACUUAGAAGAAAUGAAACUGCAGAUAUUAACUCCACAAAAAUUGGAAUUGCUAAGAGCCCAAAUACAACAAGAAUUAGAAACUCCAAUGAGAGAACGUUUUAGGAAUCUAGAUGACGAGGUGGAAAAGUAUAGAGCUGUAUAUAAUAAGCUUCGCUAUGAACAUACAUUUCUCAAGUCAGAAUUUGAACACCAGAAGGAAGAGUAUGCACGUAUUUUAGAUGAAGGAAAAAUAAAAUAUGAAUCAGAGAUUGCAAGACUGGAGGAAGAUAAAGAAGAACUACGUAACCAGCUGCUUAAUGUUGAUCUCACAAAAGACAGCAAACGAGUGGAACAACUUGCUCGAGAAAAAGUCUAUUUGUGUCAAAAAUUAAAAGGUUUAGAGGCUGAAGUAGCGGAAUUAAAGGCUGAAAAGGAGAAUUCUGAGGCUCAGGUGGAAAAUGCCCAAAGAAUACAGGUGCGGCAGUUGGCUGAGAUGCAGGCUACAGUCAGAUCCCUGGAGGCUGAAAAACAAUCAGCUAAUUUACGGGCAGAACGCUUGGAAAAAGAGCUACAAUCAAGCAGUGAACAAAAUACCUUUUUAAUUAAUAAAUUGCAUAAAGCUGAACGAGAAAUAAAUACAUUGUCCAGUAAAGUAAAAGAACUUAAACAUUCAAACAAACUGGAAAUAACAGACAUCAAACUGGAGACUGCAAGAGCUAAGAGUGAGCUAGAAAGAGAAAGGAAUAAGAUUCAAAGUGAACUGGAUGGAUUACAGUCAGACAAUGAAAUUCUCAAAGCAGCUGUUGAACACCACAAAGUGCUCUUAGUAGAAAAGGAUCGUGAAUUAAUACGUAAAGUACAAGCUGCCAAAGAAGAAGGUUAUCAAAAACUUGUGGUAUUACAAGAUGAAAAGUUAGAACUCGAGAACAGAUUAGCAGAUUUGGAGAAAAUGAAAGUGGAACAUGAUGUCUGGAGGCAAUCUGAAAAGGAUCAGUAUGAAGAGAAAUUGCGGGCUUCACAGAUGGCAGAAGAGAUCACCAGGAAGGAGCUUCAGAGUGUUAGGUUAAAACUUCAACAACAAAUUGUGACUAUUGAAAAUGCAGAGAAGGAAAAAAAUGAAAAUUCUGACCUAAAACAGCAAAUCAGUAGUUUGCAGAUCCAAGUGACCUCACUUGCACAGUCAGAGAAUGACUUGCUGAAUUCAAACCAAAUGCUGAAGGAAAUGGUGGAGAGAUUAAAACAAGAAUGCCGAAAUUUUAGAAGCCAAGCUGAAAAAGCGCAACUAGAAGCUGAAAAGAUGUUGGAAGAGAAACAGAUACAGUGGUUGGAAGAAAAGCAUAAGCUUCAUGAGCGUAUCACAGACAGAGAAGAAAAGUGCAAUCAAGCUAAGGAGAAACUGCAGCGAGCUGCAAUUGCCCAGAAAAAGAGAAAAUCUCUUCAUGAAAACAAAUUGAAAAGACUACAAGAGAAAGUAGAAGUCUUGGAGGCAAAGAAAGAAGAAUUGGAAACAGAAAAUCAGGUCUUAAAUAGACAAAAUGUUCCUUUUGAAGACUAUACAAGGCUUCAGAAAAGACUAAAAGAUAUACAGAGAAGACAUAAUGAAUUUCGAAGUCUAAUUUUGGUUCCUAACAUGCCUCCAACAGCAUCUAUCAAUCCUGUUAGCUUUCAGUCAUCAGCCAUGGUUCCAAUCAUGGAACUACCAUUUCCUCCUCAUAUGCAGGAGGAACAACAUCAAAGGGAACUCUCUCUACUUCGCAAAAGACUAGAAGAACUGGAAACAACACAAAGAAAACAACUAGAGGAACUUGGAUCUUCUGGAGAAUGAUGUUCUUGGAGAACAGACAGAUCAAAAGAGGUAUAUACAGGUUGAGCAUCCCUAAUCCGAAAAUUCAAAACGCUGCAAAAUCUGAAACUUCUGGGUGCUGACAUGGUGCCACAAGUGGAAAAUUCCACACCUGAACUCAUGAUAGCAUGUGACAGUCAAAACCCAAUAAAAACUUUGAUUUGUGCACAAAUUAUAUAAAAUUACCUUCAGGCUCUGUGUAUAAGGUGUAUAUGAAACAUAAAUUCUGUGUUUAAACAUGGGUCUUGUCACCAAAAUAUUUCAUUAUGUGUAUGCAAAUACUCUAAAAUCCAAGCAAAUUCCAAAAUCUGAAAUACUUUUGGUUCCAAGCAUUUUGGAUAAGGGAUAUUCAACUUGUGACAUUUUUUCAAAAGCUUGUAAAAUCACAAAAUUUGCAUAUACUUUUUAAUAAAAGCUUUGAAAUGUAAGCAUAACAUGUGGGACAAGCUUAACUUUUGCUAAUAUUAAGUGUACAGCUCAAUGACUAUUCACAUUAAAUAUAUACUGGCAUAACCACCACCUUUAUCAAGAUAUAAAAUAUUGCAAGGUCCUGAAAAGUGCUCCCAUUGUCCCUUCCGAGACAAUGACCACCCCAUCUUCAUCCAGAAGUAAUUACUUUUCUGUCUUCCAUCACCAUUUAUGAAUUUUGCCUGUUCUUGGGUAUCAUAUAAAUAGAAUCAUACAGUAUGUACCGUGUCUAGAUUUUGAGGGUCAAUAUAAGGUCUGUGACAUUUAUUCCUGUUGCAACUACAAGUAGUUCAUUCUUUAUUACUAUGUGUUCAUGUAGUAUGAAUAUACUACCAAAAAUUGUCAUACAAUAAAAGGAAAGAAUUACCGAUACAUGCUACAGCAUGGAUGAACUGCAAAAACAUGCGAAGAAGCCAGUCACAAAAGACCACAUAUUGUAUGGUCCUAUUUAUAUGAAAUGUCUAUAAAGAUGGGAGCAGUAGACACGAGGGACUCCAAAAGCGGGGAGGGGGCUGGGGCAAGGGCUGAAAAAGUUCCUAUUGGGUACUAUGUUCACUGGGUGAUGGGAUCAAUAGAAGCCCACAUCUCAGCAUCAUGCAGUAUACCCUUGUAGCAAACCUGCACAUGUACCCACGAAUCUAAAACAAAAGAAUAUAUGAAAUGUCCAAAAUGGGCAAAUUUAUACAGAUAGAUCAUAGAUUACUAGUUGGCUAAAGCAGAGGUGGGGGAAAUAAGGAGUGACUGUUAAUAAAUUCAAGGUUUCUUCAAGAGGGAUGAAAAUGUUCUAAAAUUAGGUUGUGGCAAUGGUUGCUCAAUUCUGUAAGUAUACCUAAAACCAUUGCAUUGUAUACGUUAAACGAAUUAGCUUUAUGGUAAUAUAAAUUAUAUUUUGGCUGGACACAGUGGCUCAUGACUGUAAUCCCAGCUCUUUGGGAAGCUGAGGCAGUAGGAUUACUUGAUCCUAGGAGUUCAAGACCAGCCUGGGGAACUCAGAUCCCCAUCUCUCCUCAAAAAAAAAAAAAAAAAAAAAAAAAGCACU